AUGGCUGGAGAAAACAAGUCACCUGCGAAUAAUUCAUCAACAGCGGCUCAGCCCGUAAAUAACUCCGCAAUUCCAUCAACUUCAACACAAGCACCAAAUCAACUACAAGCACAACCACAUGCACAAGCACAAGCACAAGCACAAGCACAAGCACAAGCACAAAAUCAACAGCAACGUCCACAACAACAACAACAAGUACGAGCUAAUCAACCACAAUAUUCUCAAGCAGAUUUGAAUCGAAUAGUUUUAGAAUACUUAAACAAAAAGGGAUAUCAUAGAACAGAAACAAUGUUAAGAGUAGAAAGUACAAAUACACCAACACCAGCACAACCAAUCCCAACAACACCAGCAACUACUACACUAGCAGGACCUAAUGAAUUGGAAACAAAUCAAAAUUUAAAAACCAAAAUAGAUGCAAAUGAAAAAGAAAUUAAAGAUUUAAGAGAUAAACAAUUAAAAAUUGAAAAAGAAUUACAAGAUACUAAAGAUCGAGAAAUUAAAUUUCAAAAGGAAGCAGAAUUAAAAGAAUUAAAAAUUUUGGAAGCUAAAACUAGAAUUGAAAAUGAUCCAGAUACUUAUUUUUUAGCUUAUUCAAUGUUAAGGAAAUGGGUUGAAAGUUCAUUGGAUUUAUACAAACCAGAAUUAUCAAGAGUAUUAUAUCCUUUAUUUAUUCAUUGCUUUUUGGAUUUAAUCACAAAGGGGUACGACACUAAAGCAAAACAAUUUUUUGAUAAAUUUAAAAUAGAUCAUGAAAUUUUACACGGAGUGGAAUUAAAAAAAUUUGCAGGAUUAUCAUUACCUGAACAUUUAAAAGAUAGUGAUAUAGCAGUAGCAUACAGGAAAUAUAAAUAUAGAAUAUUAGUUUCCAAAACAUCAUUAAAUCUUUUAUUAUAUUUUUUACAUGAAAAUGAAGCAGUUGGUGGAGCAAUAUUAAUCAGAAUUAUAAAUCAAUAUUUAGAUCCUGUGCUAUCCAAAAAUAGACCAGAUAAAAUAGAUCAAGAAGGUGAAGCAAACCCUGAAGAAGGUAUAUCUGAAUAUAUAGCAGAUACAAAUGAAUUAGAAAAAUUUAAUGGUACAAAAGAAGUUAAAUUAGGAAAAUUACCAUUAGAUGUAGAAGAUACCAAAGAAAUUGAAGCAGAACUUAAAAUAAAAGAUGAAAAAAUAGAACCAGUAAAUGGGAAAUCAUUAACUGAAGAAUUUUUAGAAAUGACAAAACCAGAUUCUGAUUCUCCAACAAAGGAAUCAUUACCAUUACCUAUAAAAGAUUCAACAGAUAUCAAAAAAUUAAUAAUGCAAGUUGAAGAUUCAAGAUCAAAAUUAAAAUUAGGAGCUAUUCAAGCAAGUUCGCCUUCUGUGUGUAUGUAUACUUUUCAUAACACCAACAAUGAUAUGACAUGUAUUGCUUUCAAUGAUGAUUCAACAAUGGUAGCUGCUGGAUUUCAAGGUAGUUAUGUUAAAGUUUGGAGUCUUGAUGGUAAACCAUUACAAUCAGUAUUGAAAAAAGACAGGAAGCAACAAUUAUUACCAGAAAAUUGUAAAAAAUUAAUUGGUCAUAGUGGGCCAGUAUAUGGAGUUUCUUUUUCACCAGAUAAUAAAUUUUUAAUUACAUGUUCAGAAGAUAAAACAAUUAGGUUAUGGUCAUUAGAUACUUUUACGGCUUUAGUUUCAUAUAAAGGUCACAAUCAACCAGUUUGGGAUGUUAAAUUUUCUCCAUUAGGUCAUUAUUUCGCAACUGCAUCACAUGAUCAAACUGCAAGAUUAUGGGCAACUGAUCAUAUUUACCCCUUGAGAAUAUUUGCAGGCCAUAUAAAUGAUGUUGAUUGUGUUGAAUUCCAUCCAAAUUCAAAUUAUGUAUUUACUGGAUCAAGUGAUAAAACAUGUAGAAUGUGGGAUGUACAAAAUGGUCAUUGUGUUAGAAUAUUUAUGGGUCAUACAAAUGCAAUAAAUUGUUUAGCUGUUUCACCCGAUGGUAGAUGGUUAGCUAGUGCUGGUGAAGAUAAUGUUAUAAAUUUAUGGGAUAUUGGAACUGGUAGAAGAUUAAAAACAAUGAAAGGACAUGGUAGAUCAUCUAUAUACUCCUUAAGCUUUUCAAAAGAUGGAACUGUUUUAGUUAGUGGAUCUGGUGAUAAUAGUGUUAGAGUAUGGGAUGUUCGAAAAAAUACAAAUGAUGCAGGACCAGAACCAGAAGCUUUUAUUAAUGAUAAUCAACAAAAUGGUAGUGGAGAACACACUGAGGAAAACAAACAACAACAACAACAACAACAACAAGUUAGUAGAAGAGAUGUAAUUGCAAGUAGUGAUCAUAUGACUGCUUUUUUCACAAAAAAGACACCGGUUUUUAAUGUUCAUUUUACAAGAAGAAAUUUAUGUUUUGCUGCUGGAGCUUUCCAAGGUUAA